AUGACUAAUCAAAACACAGACAUUGAGUUCUCCGUGGUGUCUCUGGUGCUUUUCAUUGUGGAUAUAGUGAUGGACCUGUGGUCUGUAGUGUCUCUAUAUGAAGAACAGAAAUACCUCAGCAUGGGACUGUUGAUCUUUCUGCUGCUUAGUUCCUCAGUGCUUCAGCAGAUCUUCAGCUGGCUCUGGUAUUCUGAUACCUCCAAAGAACUAGUAAUCUCUGAAAACCUUAAAAUGGGAUGGUCUUCCUCUAUAAUUUACUUACUGUGGAACCUGUUCCUGAUUGGCCCGUGUGUGGUGUGCAUGUCACUCGUCGCCUCCAUCCUACCUUGCCUUAUCGCAGCACACUUCCUGUCUCUAGGGACCUAACCCUUGGUCAUCUGGGCCUGGUGGCAAAAAACAGAAUUCAUGGACACUAAAGCUGGAGAAUGGCUCUACCGGGCCACUGUAAGCCUCAUCUGGUACUUCAGCUGGUUUAAUGUAACAAGUGGAAAAAUAAAACUUAGAGGUAUCAUCUACCAUGUGGUUAUGGGGGCGGACACCAUGCUGCUCCCUAUUGUAAUGUAA